UGCUGAUAAGUGUGGUGCAUCAUGCUUGAAGAAAUUAUCAUUCUAUGGACCUAAAACUCGUAUGGCAUUACAAGAAUUAUCUCCUGAUACUACAGUAUUGCAGUUCAAAGUUGUUACUGUGAAGGGAGUUUGCUACAGGAAAGGAAGUGCCAUUAUAACUUCCUUUCAUGAACAACCAGUGUUUGGAAAGGUAGUUCACAUCUUCAAAGUGAGUGAGAAAUUGGUCUUUGUGUACCAGAAGCUGGACACUGUGGAGUUUAGGAAACCUCUGAACUCUUUCAAAGUAAGGCACUGUGCUGAGUUCAGUACCAUAGAGGCUAACAGCUUGCCUUACAACCACAAACUACAUUUUGUACAACAAGUUGAAACCCAUGUUAUUGUGCCAUGUAGGAGCUUCCUUUCCACCCAGGACUUCAAUGCAAAUGCAAUGGCUUAAAGGAAAUGGACAGGCUCUUCCUUACACCGCUCUAAUAGAAGAGCACCUUAUUUCUUUUCAGUAGGAAGCAUAUUUCUGUAUUUUUUUGUUCAUCUCUUCCUAAGCAAGCUAUAAUUAACUCAGUGUUCUGAAAAAAUGAAGAGAUUAUAACUGUAUUUUAAGUGAGGUAUCACCAAGUUAAUAUUGUAUAAAUUGAAUGAAGCCAGAUAAUCUUUAAAUAAACAUAGAGAACAGCUCUCAUGCAGUACCUUUAUUUCAGUCUUUUUUUUUUCUUACAAGCUGACAAAUGAUCCUGCUUGCCUUUGAAUUAGAAUGUAUUCACCUUGUGAAGCCACAUCAACAAACUAAACAU